AUGAGCAAAGCUAGAGGCUAUCGCAGAGGGCAAGUGAGGAGGAGGAGGCGAGAGGUCACUCACACCCCACCCCCUAGCACGACUCCGUCGACUCCCACACACCCACCCCCCUCAGCGGCAGCUACAGCAGUGGGAGACAGAGGAGGAGGAGGAGGAGUAGGGGAGACCACACACCCCCCACUCGCCACCCCCAAACCCGAACACAGGGCAGGGCGGGAUGGCGGGUAG